CUCGAGCAUAUUUACUCUCACUUCGGGCCUCGGAUCGGAGUUUUCUGUAGUCGCUUAUCCAGCAUCGAUCUACACCAACGCCGGUCGCCGCUCGAAGACGACCAAGGAAGAUCAGAAUCGGCCAUGGCCAUGGAGAUCUCGACGGAGGAGCAGGACCUGGCGUCUUACCGCCGCGACUGGGAAUCCUCCUACGGCGCCGAGUCCGGCCCCUUCGAAUUCUACACGAGCGUGAGAGCCAUGCUCUUCACAUGCAAGCCCACCCCCGCGCACGCGGGCCCCGAAACCUGCCUGCAGAUCUUCUCCAUCGAAGUCACGGAGCUCAGCGGGGGCCUCCAGUGGCCGCUGGAGGUCUACGGCCUUGUCGCCACCCGAGACUCGGUGGAUCAUAAUCGCAACGUCAUCUUCAGGCGCAGGAGGGAAGCCUCCCUACUCCUCACUCAACAGGAUCCCUUCUUGAAGCUCACAGGCCCGUCCCGCGCCGUCGUGUUCGCCGGCCCCGUUGACGUCGAGGUCCAGCUCAAACUCAAAGGCAGAACCACGGAGCGUGAAGACGAAGAGUUCAUCUCCAAAGUUGUGACAUAUGGACGUGAUUUCGGCAGUGACAAUUCCGCCGACGCAGGCAACCAGCACCCCGCGCGCACCACCUGUUCCAGCAGUCGCUGCUCGCUGGAGCUCACCGCCGCCCCGCUCGCCAGGGCGAUCGAGGCCACCGUCAUCUCCGCCGAGGUCACCCAGGGCCGGUGGCCCAAAACCUUAGGAAUCCGCGUCGUCGUCUCCGGCACGACCGGCGCAGACGAGGACUUCGUACUGCUUGACGCUCGAGAUGGGACAUUUCGCGUGGACCUCGCCGACAGCAUCAUCACCCUUACCCGGCAUGUCGUGUGCGUGGAGGAAGGCGGGAGGCUGAAACUUUGCAUAGAGGCCUACAGCAAGAGGACCGGAUGCAUGUACGGAAAAUCUGGGGUCACGGAGCUGAUGCCCAAGAAGGUCCUCCGCCACUAUUGCCGUAUGCAAGCUUGCCUUCUGCACGGUUAAGUUCGUCGUUGGUUGGUCCUGCCUCGUGCCCAAAGUGGGGGAG